CGUACGCCGCGAUCGUAUUCGUCAACCGUGCACCAUUCCUUCAACCAUCCGACUUGGAGGUCCUGCGCAAACGGGUCGCGGAUUUAGAGGACAGCCCGCCUCGGACACACCAGCCGCUCGGAAGACUUAUCACGCCGAGUUACGACGGCCGCUAGCGAAACACACCGUGUAGCGGAACCAGGGAAGACGAUACGACAGCAACGGGCAUCGAGAUGGAAGUUCAAACCGCGCUAGUGUUGACGGUCCAGCUGAUAGCCCUGUUUUCCAUCGCCGGCGCACUGCUGCUGUAUUUGCUGUGCAAGGUGCGGGGCACGCGAGAUGAACCCACCGGGACGCAGAAGGGCUCGAUACUGAUCACGUGUGCAGACACUGCCCUUGGGCUACAGAUCUGCACGUUUUUCGCCAGUAAAGGACAUCGCGUGUUUGCGGGUAUGAAAGACCCGGUCGAGUCCCUUCCAGCCAAGCUGCUCCGUGGCUGGAUGAAGAUGCGCGAGAACUCGGACACGCCCGUCAGCGGCUCGGUGGUCCCAAUGAAGAUCGACGUGACGCGGGAAGAUGUGCUACGGGAGGCUGCCGAGGCGAUGGGCGCACACCUGAACGCAGGAGAGCGAGGCAUACUGGCCGUCAUCAAUACGGCUGGCUCGGUAUAUCGGGGCCGCAUCGACUCGCAGGAUUCGCUCCAGUGGGAGAACAUGUUCAAGAACAACGUGAUGGGCUGCCUGCGUACGGCGCGCGCUUUCAUCGGUUUGCUGCGACCCACCCGGGGACGUUUGAUUCUGCUCGGUUCUGGAAACGAUGACGAUGGUCUGACGGUGUUCAUGGCUACGCGCAAUGCGGUACAGGGUUGUGCCGAUGCACUGCGCAAGGAAUUGAAGCCGUACGGCGUGAGCGUGGUGACUCUGGAUUCACGGGGCGUCCCGGCGGAGGCCCUCUUCAAGGCACCGGUUCCGUACACAAUCUCCGACGAGGAAGGCGUUCCAACCCAAUACAGCGCGGACGUGCUCACCACCUCCGCCCUGGGGGUCAUCGAGCGCGCCCUGUACGACACUCGCCCCAGUGAAGCCUACUGCCUGUCGGUGCCAAACAGCAAGUUCCAGAUGAGGCUGCCCUGCCGGUCAUCGUUGAAGAUUUCCGCCAGCCGUGCGGACCCGAAACCCAUCCAGAGUGUCUGAGGGAAGCGCUCCUUUCCGUUCGAGCAAAGCUGGGGGGCGUUAGUCAGUUCUAGGCCGCACCGGAUGGAUGAACAGCCACCUCUCCGGAUGGACGGGGCGAGGACAGAUUUCAGAAUUUCUUUGUGCCUUUUCGUUUGUGUCUGCUUUCGUUUCGCUAGGUUUUGCAGUCAGCUCGUGUCCUUUCGCAUGCUGCUGUUGGCCCCGUUGUCUUUCAUAUGAACUCGCCGUUGGGCGGAACGCCCUGGAACAGGAUGUUUCCUUCCCCACUGCAAGUGGCACACGUUGCUCACCGCCUGAUCCCAGAGCCGCGGACGAACGCGAUAGUUUUUCCGAUUGUAAAAUUUGUUUAAUUUAAGCAAAUGACAUGAUUGUUUUAGUGUAAAAUAUUUGACGAAAUAAAUAUACAAUUUUCUUUAAUUUUUAAGGAAAAUAAAUGGCAUUAUAU